AUGGCCAAGAGAUUUGACUUUGAAGUGACUAAUAACAUGGCAAGAUAUGAAGCGUGUUUAUUCAGAUUAGAAGAGGUCAUGGUACCAGGAGCUAAGCAUUUGAUGGUCUAUGGGAGCUCCAUGCUGGUAAUCCAACAAGCCCUCGAGGAAUGGGAGGUAAAAGAAGAGAGGUUGAAGUCAUAUGUCAACUAUCUCAGGACUUUAGUAUGCGACUUCUCCAAGUGCUCCUUUGUAUACUUGCCUCAGGAUAAGAAUGAGAUGGCGAAUGCACUAGCCACUCUGUCGUCUAUGCAGGUUAAUCCCUCACAUCUUUUGAUGAAGCCUUUGGUGAUUAUAAAAUCAGGUGCGCCUUAUUAUCAAUGGGAUCAGAUAAUGCAAGUUCAUAUAAGACCAGAAGAGAAGCCAUGGUUCUACUAUCUAAAGAAAUUCAUAGAAAGCAGGGAGUAUCCAGAAGAAGCGACAGCUAAGGAAAGGUACGCUCUACGGAUUCAAGCUAGGAACUACAUCAUCAACGAUGGAGUUCUGUAUAGGAGAACAGUCUCGGGUGUACAACUCCGAUGUGUGACUAAAGUAGAAGCUCAUGUAGUGAUGGAGGAAAUGCAUAAAGGAGUAUACGAGCCUCAUAUGAGCCGCAUAGUAUUAACUAAGAAGAUCAUGCAGCAGUGUUAUUACUAG